AUGCUCACUGCUCUACUAUCACUUCACGACCUCGCAACUACGCCUGGGAAGCACGCAGAAACCGACCAAUUGAUUUACAAAGACUCACACCGGCCCAUUCAGACGCUCGCCGACCCGUUUAAACGCUCGCCGACCCGUUCAGACGCCCCCGACCCAUUCAGACGCGCGCCGAUCCGCUCAGACGCUCGCCGACCGGCUCAGACGCUCACCGACCCGCUCAGACGGUCGCCGACCCGCUCAGACGCUCGCCCACCCGUUAAGACGCCCCCAACCCAUUCAGAAACCCCGCCAAUCCUUUCAGACGCUCUGCAACGACUAAGCAGCCAAUUAAUCAACUUCCAGACAAAUAAGGCAAAGCGAUCAAGGGAAAACAACGCUUUGAUGCAGGAACAACUUGAGUGGAAGGACGGGUCCGUGAUUUGGCAUCGGGUCAAAUACGAACCUCACAACCUCUAUCCAAACAUCCCUUGGGUCAAUGACAAACCAACCCGUAUUCCAACUGCCGCCGAAAUCGCAUCCGCACACAAACAAGUCAGAUCAUACCGAUUUCUCACCUCCGGACUCAACGUGAUCAAGGAUCCUCUUGACAAAAAGUCUGUGAUAGCCAUUGUCGAAUUCACACCCGUCGAAGAGCUCACUAGUUCUCAAAUCGAAGAUCUCAACUACGUUUCCAAUUUUCUUCAUAAGUCUAAACGUUUUAUCAAUGGUGUUCACUCUUGUUCUUGA